AUGGAUUUCAGCAAACAGGUUUCCGCUUUGAAAGUACGAACCUUGUUGACUGCAGUAUGUUGCGUUUGUGUAAUAUCUAUUGGUUACUCAUACUUCUUUGUACCCAACUUCCACUUUUUGAAACUGUCGCAGGAUAACAUUGAUAACCAGUUGGAGAAUAUCGAGACUUUACUGGUUGCUUCGCGGACGCACACUGUGCCGUUACUCCUGUUUGACAUCGAUAUCUUGCCAAACAUUUUUGUACCAAGAUCCAAGACCUGGAAGGAUACUCUGCAUCAGUGCAAAAUACUAUGUAAGCAUCACCCAGAAGAAAAAAAUGUGAUUACAUUUGCAGCACUUGCCACCAAGUUUAUAGCUUCGAAAGAAGAUUACAUAAACUCUCUAAAACACCUCGGAUUUACGGUUCAUUUGUCAGAAGUAGCUGACCCUAAACAGAAGGGACACUCAAAUCCAGACAUGAUACCAGCUUAUUUAUGGAUGGCACGAAAGAAACAUGUUAUACACAUUGCAUUUUUACAUGAACGAGGUGACGACAUAAAAUAUAUGUGGGUGGGACCAGUUACUGAUCAAGACUGGAUGGAAACCGUAGCAGCUAUAACACCAGCAAUAGGCGAGGGAUGGCAUUCUAUUGAUGCGGUUGGAGCGAAAUUUCCUCGAUAUGCACAAGGGUAUGAUCUUUCUCAUAGAUUUACAGGCUUGCCAAUAUAUAUAGACAACCAUAGAAUUUCAGUACCUUAUCAUAUCCGCGCUUUUCUAGACGAAUAUGCUAAUUCACGUUUCAUAGAGUGUGAUCAUGCAAAAGCUGAAAAUUUCGUGGCAAAAUACGAAAUCGAAAUCCCCCAACAAGAUAAACUCUUCCAAGAGGCCGCGAAAAAAAUGCUAGUUGAAACAAAAAAAAUUUUUGAAAAAAUAAAAGUUCCGUUUUGGAUUACUGGAGGAACUGUUUUGGGAUGGUACCGUCAAUGCAACAUAAUUUCUUACGAUACAAAUAUUGAUAUUGGCAUUUGGAAACACGACUACAAAGAGGAAAUUAUUUCAGCAAUGGAGGAAAAUGGAUUUUUCUUCAAAAGUAAAUUCGGAACGCUGAAAGAAGGCUUAGAACUGGCGUUCUUGGAUAAAUCAGACACGAAGAUAAACAUACAUGUUUUCAGCAAUGGUCACGAUCACGUUACCCAUCUUCGUACACGUAAAGACGGCAAAAGAUUUCUUUUUAGUUAUCCUCCAUUUGAACUUUGCUGGUCGGAAUUUGUCGGUAUAAAAGUUAAAGUUUAUUGCGAUUCUUUGAUGUAUGUCUCACUUUACUUCGGACCUGGAUGGUAUAAACCACAAAAAGAUUGGCUCUGGUACGUCAACUCAAACCAUGCCAUUCCAAUGGGUCAUUGGACUCAACACGAAUGGAAAAGCGUAAUGCAAGUUCACCACAGGGAAUCGAAGAAGGAAAAUUUGAAGAAAUAG